ACUUUGAUUCCGUUUGGCUCCCAUGAAAAUUCCGAUAACUUCUCCAUGUCAAUAUCUGGAUUUGAUCUUCAGGAAAAAAAAUGUCGGGCCAAAAUCAACGUCUUAACGUGGUCCCUACCGUGACAAUGCUUGGAGUCAUGAAAGCUCGACUGGUGGGAGCUACGCGAGGCCAUGCUCUUCUCAAGAAGAAGAGCGACGCCUUGACGGUACAGUUCCGUCAGAUCCUGAAGAAGAUAGUGUCAACAAAGGAAUCAAUGGGGGAAAUCAUGAAGGGCUCUUCUUUUGCUUUAACAGAGGCCAAGUACGUUGCUGGUGAUAACAUCAAGCACUUUGUGCUCGAGAAUGUUCGAGAAGCUUCCCUCAAGGUUCGCUCUCGACAAGAGAAUGUGGCUGGUGUUAAACUCCCGAAAUUUGAAUACACAAAGGAUGGUGACAUCACUAAGAAUGAUCUUACAGGUUUAGCAAGAGGUGGCCAGCAAGUUCAGAGUUGUCGUGCUGCUUAUAUAAAGGCCAUUGAAGUUCUUGUUGAGCUUGCUUCACUUCAGACCUCGUUCUUGACCCUCGAUGAGGCAAUCAAGACCACAAAUCGAAGAGUGAAUGCGCUUGAGAAUGUGGUGAAGCCUAGAAUAGAGAAUACCAUUAGUUAUAUUAAGGGAGAGUUGGAUGAACUUGAAAGAGAGGACUUCUUUAGGUUGAAGAAGAUACAGGGCUAUAAGAAGAGAGAAAUAGAGAAGCAAAUGGCAUCAGCUGAGAAUUUUGCAGAGGAACAGUUUGCUGAGAAGCUGGCGCUGCAGAGAGGAAUUUCAUUGAAUUCAGCCCACAAUUUGUUGUCUGCAACAACAGCUAGAGAUGAGGACAUUAUUUUCUGAACAUACAGAGGUUGCUUUUUUCCCCUUAUUUGUCAAUAUUCUUUUGUCCUAGGUUGUCUUCUCUCAUUGUGUUCAUACUUCAUCUUUGUUGUGUUAAGAGUUAUUUACAAUCCUUUAGGUGACAGUAUUCUUUAAUUUGAAUAAAGGCGUUCAGCAUAUGAUUUAUUGAUUCAUGUAUUAUUCAUGACCAUUAUCCUGUCACAUUUGAGUUCAAUUUUGUCUC